UUUUUAAUGUGCUCGUUUAUCGCUUCCAGGCAUACUGACUUACUAACCGGAUCUAAGACACUGCGCCGCACUGGGGGGAGACAGAGAGAGAGCGAGAGAGAGAGAGAGAGAGAGAGAGAGGGAGGACGGACGAGUGGCGGGCAAAGCGCAGGAGCGAAAGAGAGAGAGAGAGCGCAGGAGGAGGGGAGGAAAAAAAAAACAUAGCGAAGAGGAAGAGAGAGUCGCAGGAGGAAGAAGGAGAAUGCGCGGCGUCGGAGGAACUCUCCAUGCUUGUAUCCAGGGCCUUUGUGAAGACACCAUGGGAUGCAUUGGCUCCAGGAGACUGACAGCCGAUGGCGUGCCGGUCCAGAAGGACGGGGAGCAGCAUGGACGCUCAGAAUUUUCAUGGGAGGGGAUCAAUCUGUCCAUGGAGGACACCACGUCCAUCCUGCCGCGCCUCAAGAGGAACUCAAACGCCUACGGCAUCGGCGCUCUGGCUAAGUCUUCUCUGUCAGGUGUGUCAGGUGUGACGCGCACCAUGAAAGAACGAGUGACCAAACCCACGGCCAUGGCCCAGGGCCGCGUGGCCCACAUGAUUGAGUGGCAAAACUGGGGCAUGGCCACGGUGGGCGUGGGGGGCCUCCCCCAGACCCGCAUCAGCACCCAGGAGCGGGAAAAGGAGCGGCGGAUGGAGAACGACGCCUACAGCGACCUGAGCGACGGCGAGAAGGAGGCCCGAUUCGCCGCAGGCAUCCUCCAGCAAUUUGCCAUCUCCGAGGCAACCCUCAUGGCCUGGUCGUCGAUGGAUGGCGAGAGCCCUCGGUCGGGGUCAAACCAGGGCAGCGUGGCGCAUCUGAGCGAGGUCAACCAGGAGAGUAUCACCAGUCGAGACCACAUCUUGCAUCACUCCUCAGCCGAGGUGUGGCCUCACACUUACGUCUCCCAAGGACACUACUGCCUCUCCUCCUCAGACGCUUGGGAGCCCAUCAACAACGACCCGUCCGGCGUGGCCUCUCCCCCCGCCGGCUCCUACCUCGUGGGGACCGAGGGCUUCGACGGGCAGGCGGCCGCUCACUUUGUGUCGCAGCAGCAGCAGCAGCAACAGCAGCAGCAGUUUAACCUCCAGCAGCAGAGCCAACUGCAACAGUUCCAACAGCUGCAGCAGAUGCAGCACUACCAGCAGCAGCAGCAGCUCCUGCAGUAUCAGCAGCAACAGUCCCUGGAACACCGGCUGCACAGCGCCAACCACUCCUUGCAAGCGACCCCCAACAGCACCAUCCACAGCCUGGUCCACCAAGUGCACCCGCCCCUGGUGGAUCUGUGGAACACGGGCCAGAUGGAGGCCUACCAGGCAGAGGCCGGAGGCUACGUGGGCACGGCGGCCGUGGUGGAGGCCGGCCUAUGCGUGCCCGCCGGAGACGACCUGGUGGGCAAUGAACACUCGCCGCUGCUGGAGCAGCAGGAGGAAGAAGAGGAUGUCAAGGAUGGAGAGAUGACCCUGUGUAUGGAGCCGGAGGCCUCCACGCUGACUCCCCCCACGCAUCCAGGGGACGCCUCGGGCGGCAGCAGUCCGGGGCACCCGCCGGCCUCGCCAGUGGGCGAGCAGAAAGCCUGCGACGCCACGCCGGCCGGCCUCGCUCACACGCUGCAAGAGGAGGAGGAAGAGGAGGAAGAGGAGGAGGAAGAAGAGGAUGCCGGACGGCAGGAAGAGGGGCUGUCCGCUUCCAUGGCAACCAACUGACUUCCCGGCUGUCACAUGACUCCUCCAUACAAACUGAGCGGAAGUCAGCCGUAGUAAUACAAUAUUUAUCUAUUAUCCUGUUGCUUUUCAGGUAUCGAAAAACAAAAAAAAAAAAGACGAUUUUUUUUUUCCUAGGCAGGAUGGAUUAUUUGGGAAUUGCGGACCUGAUGCAACAAACUUUAUAAGCCUUACAUCCCAAAGGUAAAAACACAUGACGAGAGGAUGAGGAGCUCCGCGGACAUUACCAUCAGGGAUCAGGAGGGAGGGGGGGGCGGUGGCGCGUGCUGUGCAGCGGGUCCAUGCAUGCGACCCCAUCAUCCUAUAACAAAAGACCCAACAUAUUCAAACAGUAUCAUAGGAAUCCUUUUAUAAUAGCUGCCGGAUGGGUGGGGCGGGGGGGGGUAAGGGAGCAAGUGUAUGAUAUGAUCAAUUUGCUUCAGAAGUGGGGGCGACUUUUGUUUUUAAUGUUCGAACAUUGCGUCGCCCUUACUCACGUCUUAAUGAGUUAGCCCCCCCCCCGCCCCCCCACAGAUGAAGACUAUGAACACAAUGAAAACUUCCAUGUCGCGCGUCCUGCUGACAGGGGGGCGGGGGGGCGCGCACGCACACACACACAAUAAAACUGCACAGAUAAGGAUUGUACUGUAAAGAUAAGCGUGCUUCCUACUCUGUCUCACUGUAUGCAUGUUCCUCUGGAGUACCUGUACUAUACAACUUUGCACUGAACCAUAUUCGGGAGUGGGUGGUGGGACGGAGGAUUCGCAGUGGGGGGUGGGGGGGGGGGAAGGACAUCGCUCUCUCGCUCUUUUUAAUUUUUUUUUUUUGCACUGAUGCAAUCCAACACAUCAGAGGUUGCCUUUCUGGACUGGUGACGUAGGCCGACGCCCACUCUUGAAAGCAUUCAGCAACCAAAACGUGGCGACUUCACCUGACCUGACCCUGAACUGAUGAUGAUGAUGAUGAUGAUGAUGACGACGAUGAUUACCAUUUGAAUGUACUGGCCUAGACCAGAACGCUUUCCAAGGGAUUUGUUUGUUCAGAUGGAAUUCACUGUUGGCUCACCUCCAGCACACUCCUACAAUAGUAAUGGUCAGGCCCAGAAGGAUGUGGAUGAGUUGUUUUUUUUUUUUGGUUGGGUUUUUUUUUUUUGUGCAUUUUUUUUUUUUCACGACCACCAAAAUAAAACGAGAUGUCAUUCAA